CUUCUCAAAGGGGGCGCCGCUGUCAAUGCUCAAGCCAGCCACGGAUUCACUGCGCUACAUGCCGCAGUCAUCAAAGGGAAUGCCGAAUGUGUCAGGCUUCUCCUUGACCACGGCGCUGAUGUGGAGGCGAGAGCUAUCGAUGAUAAGCGCGCUCUUCAUUACUGUUGCAGUCAUGGAUGGAUCCCUAUCGGUGCAGCUCUUCUGGAUGCUGGCGCAUCCAUCGAAGCUACGAAACUUGGUGGAAUGACUCCAUUACUGGAGGCUGGCUGGUGCAACCGGACAGAGAUGUGUGAGUUCGUAAUCAGCCGCGGAGCA